CCUAGAAAUCUCCGAUUAGUCUUAUUUACAUCAUUUCUUCUUCUGAUAAUGAAAUUACUUCUACUACGAAGGAAACCCUAAAAGCCAUGAAUAUUCCAUCAACACAAGUAGAAGAAGAUCCUCCUCCUCUAGAAGAAACCCCCAAAGAACCAGAUGAUGAAGUUGCGAAUUCUGAAGUUGGGAAUACGAAUGAUUCCUCAAAUCAAGAUGAAGAAUCUAUUAAUAAGACUUCGGAUGCUUUAGCUAAAGGAAUUUCAUCUAUUCUUGGUACUCUAAUUAAGGAAUUUGAUACCAAGGCUCAAAAUACAGCUACAAGUCAAGACCAGCUCUCUUCCGCCAUUAAUAGACUUACUGGAGAGCUUGAUCAACUGCUAGAAGAUGCACCAUUGCCAUUUAUUAUGCAACAUGCUUCUAAAAUCUCAGGAGUUCGUAAGAGAGUCUUAUCGUUGAACUCUGUUUUGAAAUCUAUACAACGUCGUAUUGAUAAUAUAGACCGGCUGAUAUCUACCGGCGUCCCACAUGAGAAAGUAGCAGCAGAAAAUUCAGGACAGAACCAGCAUUGAUUGGUUGAUGCAGGCACUCUUGUGUGGUUAUCAUUAACUGAUGCUCAACAUUUUGUUGUUGUAGAAGAUUACACGUAUUUUAUGGUAAAAUAACUCUACCCUCACUCUGAAUGAUUUACAUUUGAUAAGACCCACACCUGUGAUUCUAGCUAUUUCAUUUUCAUCCCACAGCUCACUUAUCAGAGCUGUUGUCAAAUAGUACCAAGUCCAGUUACUUUCGACUUUAAUCUCACAUUUUAAGAUAUUAAGUUGAGUCUUUGUAGGGUUGGCCAGCAAGAUGUAGUUCAAGGAUAGGUUUGUGACUGAAAGAAAUAUGUACUGAGUCAUUGCUGUUUAGCAGACCUAUUCAUUGUUA